AGCCAUGAUGGAGCCGACGGAGAGCACGAGCGGACCCGCGGAGCCGGAAGUUAAACUGACAGAAUCUGUAGCCUCAGAGGAGACGGACAGCAGGGAGAAGCCGGGGCAGGACAGAGAUAAAGACAGACGGAAGGACGGGGACAAAGACAGACAGCAGGACGGGGACAAAGACGGACAGACAGAUGGACAGACGGUCUCUCCGCCUGCAGCUGAAUCCUCCCGUGCAGACUCAAAGUGGGUGGUGGGCGCUCAGUGUCGGGCGGUGUGGUCGGAGGACGGGCGGGUGUACCCGGCGACGGUGGUGUCUGUGGACGGACAGCGCUGCAGAGUCCGUUUCAACGGCUACGGCAACCAGCAGGACGUGGAAGUGAGCGCGCUCCGAAGUGCAGAAGGCGCUCCGCAGACACACGGAACAAACUCUCAGGAGUGGAGACCUGGCUCUCGGUGUCGGGCCGUGUACUCGGAGGACAGUCUGGUUUAUCCGGCCGUCGUUCUGUGGGUCAAAGGUCAGCGCUGCCGCAUUCGCUUUGAUGACUAUGACAACGAGGAGGAGCAGGAUGUCAGCGGCCUGCUGAGCCCGGACGAGCUGCACGGACCCAGCAGAACCUCUGCAGCCAAGGGCGGCUCCUGGAGGUCCAGCAUCAGCGCCAGUAACCUGGACUGGAAGAGGAGGAGGGAGGAGAGAGGAGGAGGAGGAGGAGGAGGAGGAGGAGUGGGGGAGAGGCAGCCGGCGGAGAAAGGAGGAGCAGAGCAGGCGAACGAGAGCAAAGUGGAGACGGAAAACGAAGAACAGAAGAAGAGAGGAAACCAGCAGAGAGACGCAGCAGAGGCACCGACCAAUCACAGCCUCCCUUUCUUCCCUCCGUUUCCUCCUCCUCCUCAGACGGGCGCCGGGACGUGUCGCGGCGCCCUCAGGCUCGUGGAGCGCACUAACUGGAACGUGGAGGACGAGGUGGAGAGCGCCGUGAGGCCCCCCAGCGCUCAGGAGGCGUCCCUGAGACUCCAGUGUAACGGUCUGAGUGAAGACUCCAGCUCCGAGACCAGCAGCUACUCCGAGAACAGCAGAACCACCUCGAAAACUGAGAAAACCGGCUCGUCGGUGGGCGGCGUCCCGCAGGUGACGGUGGCCUACCUGAGCCCUCUGGUCCUGAGGAAGGAGCUGGAGAGUCUGCUGGAGAACGAGGGCGAGGCGGUCCUGGCUCAGCCUCAGUUCCUGGAGAACCACUCCAUCAUCUUCUGGAACCUGGUGUGGUACUUCCAGCGCCUCGGCCUGCCCAGUAACCUGCUGCAGCUGGUCAGAGCCUCGCCACUGGUCAGCCAGUUCACACAGCAGGAGAACUCAGCAGUGAGGGUUCGGCUCCUCUGGGACACUCUGACCCCUGACACAGACCAGUGGCCCCCCCUCUACAUCCUCUGGAGGAUCCACAGUGGCAUCCCGAUGAGGAGCUACAGCUGGCGGAGACACAACCACCCGUUCACGCUGUCCUUCCUGGAGGAGGUGCUGCGCUGGGUCGGCAUGAACGAGGUGCACAAAGCCAUCACCCUCUUCCUGGACACGCUGGCCAAACAGCCGGGCUCCCCUGGACGCAGAGGUUACAAAGUGCUCUCUAGUGCUUCUUUAUCUGGAUCUGGAUCUGAGUUGGGUCCUCCUGAGGUGAGGGAGUGUUGGUGGGUGUUUCAGGCGCUGCAGGACGCCAACGACAACAUGAGGACGCCUCAGAGUCAGGGGACGCGUCAGAGUCAGGGGACGCCUCAGAGUCAGGGGACGCCUCAGAGUCAGGGGACGCCUAACCUGAGAAGAUCUGCAGCCAGAGUGUCGAUUCACACACCGCGAGUAUCGUCUCUGAGCGCCUCCCGCUCCUCAAACUCGGCCGUUUGUUUGAUUCCUGCCAACAGAGCGGGAAAACUUCCUCCUCAGCUGGAAUCCUGCGUCAGGACGGAGGAGGAAGAGGAAGAGGAGGAGGAAGUCAUCAUGGGAGAGGGAAAACAAGGAGCUCAGAAACAAGAGAAGGAGCAAAAAUAG